AGGCUUGUGUCAUCUCAACAUCCGCAAGUAUGGCAAGUCAGACGUGAGGAAAAAGUGACAUUACGCAUUUUGGAUUAUUUUUCCUUUCCUGUCUCUCGAUUUUAUGAGAGAUAAUGGCGGAAGGUGAUUUUCAUCGCAUUGAUGAGUGUUUGAAGUGUCUCCUAUGGAAUUUCAGCUUUAUUGUUGACUAGCUUCAUGUGCAUACUGAACUCAAAAUGCCUAUCCAAGGCCCCCAGUGGACAGAGUUUUUGUCUUGUGAGGUUUGCUAUAAACUUUUUAGUGAAAAAGCAAAUCGGCCUAUUAGCUUAGGCUGUGGGCACACUGUAUGCAAAAUGUGCCUCUCUCGACUGCAACAAAGCAAGUGCCCAUUUGACCAGAGCCCUAUUACUUGUGACAUUGACAAACUACCAGUAAAUUAUGCUUUGCUGCAACUUGUUGGAGCAGCAAUUCCAGACAAAUUAAUUGACAAAGAUGAUAGCAUUGGAGAUCUCUUUGAUGCCAGGAAGGCAGAGUAUUAUGAGUCAGCAAGAAAGUGCAUUGAAGAGCUUGCAGUAUAUCUGAAACCUCUUUCAGAAGAGUCAUUACAAGAGCUGGAAGAAGCAGGGGAAGAUGUAUCGGACCUAAAAAUUGGAAAUAAAGUAUCAGGGGGCACACAAGUUCAAGUUCAAAACAGCGCUAACAAAACCACCAACAUUGCAGUGAACAACACUGGUGCAGGCUGCAUGCUCAGUCGUCCUAUGCAGCGCAAGCUGGUGACACUUAUCAACUGUCAGCUUGUUGAAGAGGAAGGGAGAUCCAGGGCAACCAGGGCAGCACGCAGUCUUGGAGAACGUGCUGUGACUGAGCUUAUCUUGGCACACCAAAAUCCACAACAGUUGUCUGCCAAUCUUUGGGCUGCUGUUCGAACUCGUGGCUGCCAGUUUUUGGGUCCAGGUAUGCAAGAAGAAGUUCUUCGACUAAUACUGCUAGCUCUUGAGGAAGGGAGAGCUUUGUCAAGAAAGGUGCUGGUUUUGUUUGUAGUGCAGCGGUUAGAGAAACAGUAUCCACAAGCCUCCAAAACAGCUAUUGGACAUGUGGUGCAGCUUCUGUACAGGGCUUCUUGCUUUAGAGUAACGAAGCGAGAAGAGGAGUCAUCACUGAUGCAGCUUAAGGAAGAGUUCCGAUCUUAUGAGGCAUUACGACGGGAACAUGAUGCCCAGAUAGUACAGAUUGCUAUGGAGGCUGGUCUGCGCAUCUCACCUGAACAGUGGUCCUCACUUCUAUAUGGUGACUCCUCCCACAAAUCCCACAUGCAGUCAAUAAUUGACAAGCAUCAGAGCCCCCAGUCGUUUGCUCAGGGAAUCAAUGAACUUGUGCUGGCAGUACAGAGGACUGGUGACCCAUGUAGUCUGCUGUCUCUAAGGCCUCAUCUUGAAUUCCUUGCAAAGAUUGACCCCAGUCCAGACUGCCCUGCUCCUUCCUGGGAAGACCUGGAGGCUGUCAUGAAGUCACUUAAGGUGGUUGUACAGGGUUUGGUUGACUUCCUGUCUCAUUAUAGCCAUCGGCGUAUGGAGACUGUACCACAGCAAAAUACACGUUACAAGACCAGCAUGUGCCGAGACUUCACUGCUAAAGGCAGCUGUCCACGGGGUGUCAGCUGCACAUUUGCCCAUUCACAGGAUGAAUUGGAAAAGUAUCGGUCACGAUCUAAGAAGUUAAGCAACAGAGGGUUUGGUUCCAUGUCCGCCUAUAACUCUCUCACACCAAAGCAAAAGUUGGAGUUGGCACAAGUUCAGGAGUCUUCUCGGCAGAAAAUGGCAAGUGGCCAGGGGCAAUCAGGUGGAUCUGCAGACAUUAUAGGAGGCAUAGCUGGUGAAGGGGAAGCAGCUAGUGUUGGUCAGCUGACAAACCUUAUAGCAGGUCUUGCUGUUGCUUCAUCUGUCUAUGCACAACCCAGUGCUGUUGCUCAGGCAGUGCAGGAGCAUCUGCAGAUAGGUGGCCCUGGCUUUGCCAUUCCCAUACCCACACCAUCUCCUAUGCCUGGUGGGGCAUAUGCCAUCACACGGCCUAGGAUGUCCACUAGCAGUUCUUUGUCAGGCCCAGUCACACGGCUGACCUUCAGUGGUGCUAAUUUGCCUGAAGCCAUUUGUGCAGAGCAGAUAUGUCCAACAAUCCAUCAAUACCCUCAGCAAGUGCCAUUGAGACUUCAUAGUUCGGAACAGACUAUCCAAUUUGCAAAUCCUCAGUUGGUUCCUAGACCAGUGGCAGGGCCCUCUCCUCCCCCUGUGGCCAGUGGCAUGGGCAACCCCAUGGGUGCAGCCCAAAUCCUUGCUUCUCAGCAUGCACCUCCCCAGAUCUUGCUGGAAGCUGCAAGGGUGCCUGACUUGACCUCCAUGGGUGUGGCGUCAGCAGCUGCCUGUCCUCUUCAUCACAUAGCAGGAGAGCUGUUGCAGCAGCCAGGCCCAGUCUACAGUGGGACCCCAGGCCUAGUUCCCUAUCCAGUGGAGCCAUAUGUGGUUGGACCAGCUGGUGAUCUGCAGGGCCUGGCUCCAGCUGCCAUGCCAAUUAUGCAGAGUUUGGAAAGACUACAAAAUCGGAAGUCGGAGAUAAUUUCACAUCUGAGAGGUGAAGCUAUUGGCAUGGUGAAUGGUAAUGGGACAACUGGACCAGCCAGUUUGGACAGAGUGUUAGCCAGUGGCCUUAGACUGGGAGUGGGUCCACUUCCACACUCAGUCAACAACAGUUUUGUUGCCACCCGUGCCACACAUUCACUUGAAGAACUUGAUCUGGGUGGCACGAAGUAUCCUCAGUGGUCAGCAGGAGAAUUGACUAAUGUUAAAACAGAAAAUGUUAAACCCUUGAUUAAGAGAACUGUCAGCCAGCCUUGUCAUGUUCCACAAUCAGGCAAGACACAAGUGCUGCCACCUACCCUUGUUAAGACAAAAGAAGAUGAAUUUGAAGAGGCUGAGCCUUCUGAAGACCUUGAAGAAGACUGUGAAGUGAAAGAGACAGACUUUAAAGGUAUUUCAACUAUUCUGGAUGAUGAAGAUGAUUCUUUCAUCCCAUUUGACCCUCCACUGGUCUCGAAGUUUGGACCCAUUUCAAGGGCCCGCUUGAAGGAGAUGAACUCUAUGCCUGUUCAAGUCACUGCGGAAGAGAGCACAAAGUGUACACCAGUCCUGUCAGUGACGCCACUGGAUCGACCUUAUCCUGUGUCUGCACUGGUGCCCAGCAUUUAUAAGCCCAAAAUGACUGCAUCAGUUACCAUCCCUACUCCAGAUAAUCUACCCUACUCCAUGUAUUCCGUUUGGGGGGGGCAGGACUUAAUGAGACACAAGAUUCCUGAGAUGGUGCAACAGUUGGAGAAGAGUGCCAUAGCUGCUCCAACAACCAACCAGCGUCUGGCAUUGCAGCUGCAGUCCAUUGAACUGCAGAUUUCUAUGAAAACUGGCAAAACACCAAAGCCAAUACAUGAGCUUUUACAAGAAGCAGACACACGAGACGUGCAUCUGAAGGAGAGAUCCUUCCAUCCCAUGGAGGCAAGAACAGGAGUGAAGAACGUAUUUCCAGGAAACUACUAUGUGCCUGAAUGGAAAUGACUCAAGCUUGCAUCAGCCUCUCUGAAAGACAUGCAUGACACUAGUGUAACUGUCUGCUCUGCGUGCAUGCAGUGUAUUUUCUGCAGUCAUAAGUGACUGUGCAUAGCUCAGUGUUAGUAAGGUCUGCUGAGCAUGCAUUCAACCCUUGCACUACCCGAUUUUUAAGAUUUAUUUGGAGUACAAAAAUCGUGUUUUUGUGCAGCUCUUUAGUGAGAGCCUGUAUGCCAUGUUUAUAUAAAGACAUUUGAUCAUGCUACUCAUAUUUGCUCAGUUUAUGUUUUUCCUAUAUUUAUGAACUUUUCUUCAGGAAUGUGUUUUCCAUUGUGAAAUAUUUUACUUGUAACUACCAAUUUCGUUCACUUUUAAAAAUGCAAAACUACCAUAAUAAGACUUUUGAGAGAUUAUUGAAAUGUUUAAGUCACUCUGCUUUGAUGGAGUUUGCAAGUAUAUAAUAUUUUAUAGAUAUCUUUUAAAUGCCGUACCAGGAUUGUAUAUCUGUGUGAUGUUCUUAGAGUGAAUUUUGAAUAUGCUGGCGACAGAAAAGUGACUUUGAAAAUAAUCAGUGCACUAAUCUGUCAUGUUUCCUUUCGUUCAACUUUUGUCUGGACGAUAGGGUGGUUUUUUUUUUUUUUUUUUUUUAAGAAUUAGACAAGUCAUGUUCUUCCGCUCAUGUUGUGACAAGUCAACUAGAUAAUAUUCCAUCUAAAAUUGGAUUCGAUUGCUGGAAGCUGGCAAGUUGAACAAUUUUGAUGUUGUACAAAGUCAAUACCUGAGUGCUGUUCUCAGAAUUUUAAAUAAUUGAAAAAGACCUCGACAGAUAGGCUAUUUUGUCCAAUGAGAAAAUAUGUAGCUUGCUGCAAAUUUUGUAGCAUGGUUAUUUUGCAGGAUGACACAUAUUCAGCAUAAAUUUUUAACAGUUAUUCUGUGGAGCAGAAAUAGAAUGACUGCUUCUGCUUGAUUUCUGAUGGAAUUUGGUUUCUUUCUCUGAAUCAGAGUUGACAUUUUUCCAAGUAAGAUGUGAUGUCACAUAUUAUUGAAGCAAUUCGAAUGUGGAUUUUUCUGUGGCUUCUGGGGAGCUUUAUUUUUUUUCAUAUAAUUGGAAGUAGCACUUUCUUAUAUGCAGAAAGUUGCAGUGCAUGCUGGGAAGGCAAACGUGAUAAUGGCAGCAGCACUAAAAUCAGCAGGGGCAUUUAUUUUAAGCUGAAGCACCUGGGGAGCAUCAUUAGCCUGUGGUUCACAAUGUGAGCAGUGCUUUGUUUUAAGCAGAAUUGUUUGGUUUAGGUCUGUGACCCAGAAGCCUAUUUGUUAACCUCUCUCCACUUGGGUAUUCUUGGCUGCCCUCCAGAUUCUUGUUACCACCUUUGGCCUAAACAGCUGUGCAUUUUAUGAAAGCUGUGAUUAUAUGUUGGCCAGUUCUUUAUGAAGCUCUGAUGUCAUGUAAGCAAGAAUUGCAUGCAGUCUAGUUUUUAAUGCUGUUUUUUAUGUGUUGAAUGGCAGUAACAUUUUGACUUGUAUAUGUUCACAUUUGGACAUUAUAUAUAUAUUAAAAAUCAUUCAGAAUUAAUAA